CGAUACGAGGAAGAAACCUUGAGAGGAACCAGAUUCAAAAGGGAAUCCAUCCUCAUCUGAGUGACACCGGAUAGUGCAAUUAUAAAUAAUUCCCUUCUGUAACUAUGUACUACAUGGACAAAUAGUGCAAUAGUGUAACCAGGAAACUGCUUACAGUUUUCACAUGAAGUCUGUUUUGUUGAACCUUUUGAUCAUUGUGAGCUACUUUUUCUGUUGCUGUCAUGUGUGGAAUUCAUUUCCUUGCAAUCCCUUACACGUGAAACUAUAAUAUAUUUGUCCGAUCUUAUUGAAGAACAUCACAGCCUUCUCCAUGAGCUUAAUCCAGAACUGCUCUUGAAGUCAGAGCACCACUUUACCACUUGCAAUCUAAUCUGAAACUCAUAUAAAACCAUCAGACCUGACCAGAUGACCAGCUAAAAGUCUGAACAAGCACUGACAAGGCUGAAAAAAGGCUCAGAACUGGGACCUCUGUAGUCUUAUUUUUAUGGACCAAGUAUCCCAUUAAUUCUAGAGCACCUACAAUUCAAUGCCACCGAAAAACAAAACAAAACGAAACAAAAAAACAGGGGCUUUUGGGGUUCCAGCGAAACAUCCAGUCCACCAGGUGGCGGUAAAACUCAUUUCUGGCAACUGCCUCAAAUCGAAGAAGAAGAAAGCCGCUCUGGCUCUGACAGCCGCCAUCUUGGAGAAAACACUAGGCGGUCUAUUCAAAACGGAAGCGCUGUGGAUUAGCUCCUGGCAUGGAUUAUAGCAAAUACUACAUUCAAACGUAAACUUAUUUAAAAAAUAAACUUAUUUUUAAAAAAUGAUGUGUUUAAUCUAAUCACUGGUUAGUGAUUAGCUAUGGCGAAUUAAAUAUGAUAUGCUAACUAGCUAGCUGUCAACCGGAAGUAAAUAAACUAUUGUUGAUACGUUGGAGGAGGUAGCCGGGUUGCCAGAUUCCUCUCUGUAACUGGUGGAAUUGUGUGUCAGAUUGUUGAGGAAUUCCCUUUUUCUGUGCGUUAGAUUAGUUAUGUCAUGGCUAAAUAGGUAAAUAGAGGCACAGUAGGAUAUUAAUUUUUGAAAUGUUAUGUUAAAUUUUAGUGUCGAUAUUGAAGCUUAGUAUAUGGUUUGAAAAUUGAACUAGUUGGGCUAGUUUUAAAUGGUUUGGAGUUGAGUUUGUCUUGCGUAUCUGGCAACCCUGGUAGCUACGCAAGUUAUUUAACUGUCAAGCCCAGCUUGGAGAGGCGGGGUGUUCAAAAGAAACGUUGGCAUGGAUUUUAGCAAACACAGUUUUCAGAUCUGUCCUGUACGUCAUCCCUCAUGAUAUACAGUGUGUUUACAGUCAGAGAUGAGCCACGGAGAAAUGAUUUGCUAAGCUAACAACCCGAGAUAAACUAGUGCUACAGCGGAUUAGCUAAAGUUCAAGCUAAGCUACUUUGCGAGUUACACAAUCGAGUGAUUAGAACAAAAGCUGAUCAGAAUAAUACUGCAGUAUGAAAGGAAAAAGCACAAAGCUGAGUCGAUUGAGUCCUAAUGAGGAGGAGCAGCUGAUCCGAGAAGAACUGCAGAGAAGAAGAAAACUGAGAUUACAGCAAGUGCGGGAACAAGAGCGCUACAUUGCGCUGCAGGUGCGGCGUGAAGUGCAGGAGAGGAAAGAGAGAGAGCUGCAGAGUCUCGCCACAGCUCUCCAGGAUGAAUGGCAAAAGCAGAGAGGAGAGAGAAUACAAGCCCUGGAGAAACUGUACGAGGAAAACCUCAGAGAUGUGGGUCAGGGCCACCGCAAUGCCAAAGAAAAUGAGCCGAAUCGGGAAGCUCUGGCUCUGAAAAAGGAGCAGAAUGUUUCACGAGCAGCAGAGAGGCAUCAGAAAGCUCUCCGAAACCUCGUCACCCAAAGACAGGCUGAAGCGGAGCAGCGGAAUCGACACGUGGAAGCACGGAAGAAGGCUCUGAUGGUGGAGAAGGAGAGGGCAGCAAAAAUCGCCAGCCUUCCUCACUCCGGCCCGGACCCCAUAGAGAGUCUUGCGAUUCAGGCUCCACUACAACCCAAGAUGUCCAACAUGGAACAUUACUCCAUCACACACUACCACAUCCCAGAGACAGCAGUGGACAGAGAAACAGAUACAGUGCAGCCGGAUGCUCAGGAGGCAGCAGCGUUGGAGGCUCGGCGUUUGGAGGAGCUGGAGAAAGAAGAAGCCCGUGAUAGGCAGGAGCAACUCGAGAGGGCACGACUUAGAGGAGACCAUGCUCUUCGUAAGGAAAAAGGCAUACAGAAUAACGCGAGGUUGCUGAGCGAGUUGGAGCGACUGCAGCAGGCUGAGCUGCAGCGGCGCAGACACGUGGUGAAUAGCAUGCCAGCGCAAAUCUUCCAGCCGCUCUACAGACAUGAUGAUCUGAGAGCCGAGCAGCAGAGAGACCUGGAAAUUGCCUUUCAGGACUUGUGCACUGAAGAUAAAGCGAUCAGAGAUGACUUGGUACUUCAGUUGGUGUCAGAGCCUCUUCCUCCUCCUGUUCCGUCUGCUAAAACUGACAGUAGAUCUGAAUGUGAGCUGGACCUGGACCUGGAUGUGACCCUUGAACCCAAGGAGACACCAUGUAAGGAGGAAGAGGAAGACGCAGGAGAGGAGCCUGUUGCUUCUCAAAGCCAGUCUACGGGGUCCUCAGUGCCUGCAGAGGGUACGGGUAGGAUGGCUCUGAGGAGGCUGCUGGAUCGCAUCAGGACUCAGAGGGAUCAGUGGAGCAGGAGGGAGCCUGCAGAAAGGCAAGGAAGGGUCAGAGUGGAGAACACCAGCAAUGAACAUGGAUCGCCGAGCAACCUGGAAUGGCAGCAAGCUUCUAGUCUGGAAGAAGGCACAGUUGACACAUCACUGGCAGAAAAUAAUUCCAAGGUGAGUGAAGACUCCAUUGUGGCUGGACCCAUGCUGCAGCCAGACAAGCAGAUCUCAGAAAUGGACAGGAGAGUGAGGGAAGAGGAGCUGAAGAGGCAGCAAGAGGAGCAGUUUGCCCUGCUACAGGAGCUGGAGGAGAAACGGCAGAGUCUGGAGCUUCAGCUACAGGAGGCGCAGCUGUGUAGGCAGAGGCUACAGGAUGCUUUACAAGUGCCUUCUGGGAUGUAUAGUUUACAGGAAACGCCAACAUCACCACAGGAAAUGGUUUCUCAGCCUUCACCUGAGGUGAAGGUGUCGGCCCCUCUGUCAGACAGUAUGCACAUACAGAGACUCCAGCAGUAUCAGCAAAGACUCCUGAAGCAGAACCGACUUCAUAAGAAAACUAUUGAUGACGCUUGUCGCAGUCUUGAGGAAUACAAGCAAAUGUUGAAGCUACGUUAUGCUCCUGUUACCAUGGCAGCAGCACAAACACCAUCACCUUCAGUUAAUGAGGAAACCAUUUGCUCUUUUCCUUCUUUGCCUCACAGGACACUCUCGAAUGCCAUCACACCUCUUUUAAACACUGACACUGGAUGCCCUGUCUCUCGUGAGACACCAGUGGUGAAUGUAAAGCAAAGCCACAACAAUAUUGUUCUGGCAGACUCAACACUGCUCAUUCAGCCUCCUCUACCUAGUCCCAGCCCCGCCCUAACCAAACACCCAGAUACCCAUGUAAUGGCACAGCCUGUCUCUGCACCCAUCAGUAUCUCUCACUCAGUGCAUGAGAAUGACUUUUCUUUGAUUCCACAACCAGCAGCCAGCACCUUAUUAGACAAGAAGCCUUCAGAUGGAACGUCAGAGCUUCAAGAAGUUCCUCUACUCCCCCCUGCUGCGUUUCUGGAAUAUCUGCGAAGCAAGCGUUCUCAGGCACCGCCCACACACCUCACUCCGAUCUCUCAGCAGGUCUCAAAAGAUCCUGGUGGUGUCCUGCAGGAAGAGGUUGAGAACAGUGCCCCAUGUUGGGACUCGGAAAUGGAGAAAAAUCAGCAGGUCAGAGAUCGGAUACGAAAACAAAGAGAUGCCCUACAUGCAUUACUCAGAGCACAGCACGCAAAGGAGCAGUCAGUCUCACUGGGAAUGCAUGACAGUGCUGUUAAGGACGUGAAGGCUUAUGAGAAGAGUAAUGAACCCCUCCUGGUGUCUACAACACCGAGUCAGAGCCAUGCUCACACCCAACAAACUCCUGUGUUUGACUCCAGUGCAAAUCGUGUAUCUGCAGAACAUUCUCUGUGUGAGUCAACAAGUGGUGUACGAGUGAAUCCGCCGGUCUCUUGCCCACCACGGAUGCUCCAAAUCCUCCUGCAUGACUUUGAGCAGCACAAACUCAGCACCAUUGAGGAAGUGGACACUCCAGUUAAUGUUACCAUGGAUACAGCUGCUGAGGUGUGUAUGGAGAGCUCGUCAGCAGAGUGCUCAGAUUACUCUAACUCCUGCAGUCUCUCUUUGACUCCACCCACCGUGGCCUCAGGGAGCAGUCAGGGGCCAAGCUUAGGCUCAGAGGUCAUGAGUUCAGAGGACAGCACACACAGACCCAGCAAACUGUCGUGGAGGGAGACGUUACAGCUCGAAUCAGCAACUUCAAGUGCAGGUACAGACUCUACAGAGCAGCAGCAGGUAGAGGAGUUGGAGCUGAUCUUACCACAUGAUGGAGCCCCUGGUGUGCCAGAUUUUCUCUCUUCCACCACCCUCUCAACAGGAAGCUAUAUCUCUAGUGAACAUGAUCCCAACUUCAAUAUUACAGAUACUUCUUUGUUCAGUAAUGAAUUUUCUGCAAGGCUUGGAGCCUCCCUCACCUGCUCCAGCAGCUUGUGUGGUUUUAGUUUUCCCAAGACAACAGACUCCUCGCAUUGCAGUAACAGUCUGCAGCACAUCAUCGAUAAAUACACUAAAGAGCUGGACAAAUCCCUCAGAUCAGUUCAUACAGGAGGCAAUGUCUCUGUAAGCUUCUGUGCAGAACAGAACAGUGAUCCUGGAACACUCACAGCACCCCAACUACCAACGCUCCCUUUACAGUGCAACCUGGAGGACAGCAAUUCCCUUAAUACCACUAUGCAGGAUACCUUUCAGUCUCUUUCUCCUGAGAUCACAAACAAUGAAAUGGCAGAAUGUUCCACAACUCUCCAACUUCCAUUAAAUCCACCUGUGGAGGACUCUAACACUAACACAGACACAAGUGCAUCUGAUUGGCUUGAUUGUGGCCUUCCACAACACAGCUCCAGUACAGAUGCCCAGUCAUCAUCUGCGUCUGCAGGCUUUCCUCAGUGGGAAUGGACUCUGGGGAACAAUAGCGAAUUAAGGAAUCUAGAAGCAUCUGUCUCACCUGAAGUAGAAGUGUCCAGGCUGCAGAACGUUGGUGACGUGAUGAUUAGCACUCUUCCACAAAAAAGCUUUGACGAGACAGAGAUGUCCCAAUCUACUGAUAGAUCAUGCAGUCAGUUAGAGGAAGUGGAGCACAGGAGGGAGCUACACACCUGCCAGGAUGUUUAUGCUAAGAACCGAGAAAAAGCAAAACAGUUCAGAAUGAAAACCUUGGAGAAACUAAGGGCUAAACAAAGAUAAUCCUUAUUCCAGUCUAUUCUGUUUGAUAAACAUACGUUUGGUGUUUGUUUUCCUGACACAUUUUUUUGUUUUGCUAACUAUGUAUUUUAAAUUAUACAUUAAAAGAUUUUACUUUCCAA